AUGGAGCUCAAAGGCCUUCUGCUUGUGACUCUCUUCUCUCUUGCUUCAGCAACCCCCGUAGAUCCCGCUGUCAGUCCAUUCGCCCCAUCCAAGGUCGCUCCCCGAAAAAACAAACUGCCCUUUCCCUCGACAUUUUACGACCUACCUACAGGCGACCCAAGAACCGGCCCACUGCCUACGGGCAAACUGGGAAGCCCAUUGCCUCCAUGGCGGCACGAAAACGGAGUCGGCGUUUACAAGGACCCUAAUCAAAUCGCUCCGCUGUGGUACACCGAGAGCGAAAAGGAUUUGAAAAAAAUGGCUGACACAGGAGGCCAUAAGGAUGUGGUUCCGGCUCCUUCUAAGACCACGAAGAAGAAUGUUCUCAGGAGCGAGGUUGCGAUACCGAUACCGACGGUACUAGGUGGUGAUUGCUAUGUUGCGGCUCGAAUAAUGUGCGGUGUAGUGUUGGGUCUGACGGACUGCGAGCAGCAGUGCGCAAAGUACGCAACGCUGCAACCUGUUGGGGAAACCCGGGAUUGCAUUCCUCUCCAGCAGACUGGUUUCGACGAUCCUCUCGGUAUCGUGAGCGCAAGCUUGCUGAGCGAAGGAGAGAUGUCGGCCUGUUGGAGCGAGUGCAGAAACCGAGGACACGGUGCAUGCGAACUGUGCGCCCAAAAGUUGCGGCUCGGAGGACUGACGCCUUCCACUCAACCGGCUCGCUAUGAUCCUUGGGGCUGGGGCCCGAAGCAAUCUCGCGGCUCUGUUGAUACGGCUGCAGAGACGAUGGCUUUCCAGAUGCUCUGGAAGUGCGCGGUAAAUUGCAUGCGCGACGGCGCUAAACCAUGCACGGCCUGCGAUGGGCUCUGGGACGAGUCCAAGAAAAUGGUGUCCACCCGUGGAUCCAAGGAGGAACUCGAAUUCUGGGUGUGUGUGCGGGAAUGCUCUCGCGACAGGUUGAUAUCUUGUAUGGAAUGCGAGACAGCCUGGCGCCAGCAACUAGCAACGGCAUCGCCCAAGGACCUGCCAGUGGAACAAGCGGCGGCAUACGCUGAGAUCUGGAACUGCGUGGUCCACUGCGACAAAGACAGGACGCAGAAAAUGUGCGCGCCGUGCGACGAACUUUGGAGAAAAUGGGAUGCAGGACUACCGCCCUUUGGACCCGAACGGGCUGGUCUUAUUACCGCCGGAGUUGAUGACGGAUCUCCAUCAGAUCCCAAUACCGAGGAAUUCGCGAUCAGGUCUCGUCUUGAUUCAUGCAUGAAAGGAUGCAAUACAGCCAAUAAAAUAAAACCCACCAGCUACUGCAACUACUGCGAAGUGCUCGUAAGAUCCGUCCCACUACUGGUGCCGCAUCCCUGGAUUCGUCGAAGCAUUUCCCCCGAGUCCAGCAAGACAAUCGCAAAGCGCCUGCUAUUCGUCUGGGACCCGGCCACCGGUGUCUUUAAGUGCACAGAACAGUGUGCAAAGGGCAAGGAUUACUACAUCUCGUGUCUCCCCUGCCUGUACGAUAAGGGCAUCCCUGUUGGCGACAACCUACCCGAGACUGGCCAAGCAGAGGUCGGACGUCUAAGCCUGCCAUGA